GCUUUCUCUCUUUCUUUUUAUCAUAAAAAAAAAUGGAAAAACAAGUGGACUCCCAAUCCUUUGAUCAUAGCAAGGAAACUUUGGCUGAGGAUAUCAUCAGCGAACAUGACUCGACUCCAGUUAAAUUUGUUAAAACACCAGAAGAAAAAGCGUUCGUGCGAAAAUUAAAUUGGACAGUAUUACCAGUUAUCUUUUUGAUUGUAUUUAUUCAAUUUUGUGACAAAUCAGCUCUAAGUGUUGCUGCUGUGCUGGGCAUCAAGGAAGACAAUAAUAUCACCGGUAGUCAGUUUAGUUGGGUUGGCUCGAUCUUUUAUUUGGGUUACUUGAUUUGCCAGGUUCCCAACAAUUAUCUUAUUCAAAAGUAUCCUACUGGAAGAUAUCUCGGUUCAGUACUGAUAGUAUGGGGUUUUGUCAUGGCUGCAACUGCUCUCUGUCACACAUUUUCUCAACUCAUGGCCCUGAGAUUUUUGCUUGGUUUGUUUGAAGGCGUCACAUAUCCCUGUGUCUACAUUAUUCUCAAUACUCUAUACCGUCGUUCCGAACAGUCCUCGUGUUGGGGUUUUCUAGGUAUAAGUACAGGCAUGGGUACAGUCUUUGGUGUUCUGAUUGCGUAUGGGUUAUAUCACAUGGACAAUAUUGCUGGUCUUCGUGCUUGGCGAUGGGGUUACAUUGUAUUUGGUAUUAUGACGGUCCUAAUUGGUAUUUUGACCUUUUUCUGUCUUGUGGAUAAUACACAUCACAAACUUUUACGUCUGACCGAAAAGGAAUUGGACAUUGUGGAAGAAAGAACCCGUGACAAUUGUGUGGUGAGAGUAAAAGAAAUCAAGUCCGAACAACGAUGGGAAGCCUUGAAAGAACCUCGCCUGUAUCUUAUCUUUUUUAUGAAUUUGUUUAACUGUCUUCAAAACGGUGGUCUAGUUACAUUUAGUACCAUUCUGGUGGAAGGAUUAGGUUUUUCUGCAUUUAAUUCAAUUAUCCUCCAAAUUCCCAACGGCGUUGUCUCCGCAACGUUUGCUAUUGGUGCAGUAUGGGUAGCAAAUCGUGUUCAUCAUACUACAUUUACUGCAAUAGGUACUGCAAGUAUCUCUCUUGUGGGUUGUAUCAUCCUUUCCACUGUGCCAGGCAUGCCUAAACUUGUCGGUCUUUACCUUAGUUGGGCCAUGACGGGUGUGGGUUCUCUGACGCAAACACUUGUUUCGACCAAUGUUUCUGGCUAUACCAAGCGUAAUUUUUACAACGCCGUCAAUAUGGUAGCUAUGACUUUUGGUAACUUUAUUGGCCCUCUCUUGAUGAUUGAUAACCAAGCGCCUGGUUAUUUCGGUGCCAUGACCGGGUUUUCAAUUGCAAAUGCUGCCCUUAUCGUAUGUUUGAUUAUAAACUACAUCCUGAUGAAGAACGAAAAUAAGCGUCGUAUAGCUAAUCCUCCCACUACCCCUACUGACGUGUAUUUGGAUCUCACAGAUGCUCAGGAUCGAAAUAUCCUUUAUAAAUUGUAAUUACCAGUCCUUUAUUUUUGCUAUUUCUUUAGUAAUUGCAACAAAGAAGAGUCUGUGAUUUCUUAUGUGCAUUCCUAUUAUCAACUCCCAUCCUAACUCUAAUAUUAAAAAAAUUAUCUCCCCCCCCCCCACCUGUCCUAGUUUGUGUUUCUCUUGGCUAUUUAUCAUCAUAAAUAAACCGUGCUUGAUUUUAUUUUAUUUUUCAUA